AUGUCUAUAAGGACUGAUAUAGCCGUCAUUUUUACAAUAUUAGUUCUGUUCGCUUUAACCGCUUAUUCGAGAGGAGUUCCAACUCCUUACGGUUAUGUACCAACUGUCAAGGUGGCACCAGCAGUGAAAGUAGCUUAUCCAGCAGCGAAAGUAGCUUAUCCAGCAGCUUACGUGGAAAAACCUCAACCCUAUAAUUUUGGAUAUGAUAUUAAAGAUGAACAAGGUAACAAGCAGUGGAGAAACGAAGCCGGAGACGAAUAUGGUACUAAGAAGGGUUCAUAUGGUUACAUAGAUGCUUUCGGUAUCCAACGACACGUCGAAUAUUUAGCAGGUCCUGAAGGGUUUAAGGCAUGGAUCAAAACAAACGAACCGGGAACACAAAGUUCUAAUCCCGCAGAUGUGCAAAUAAUUUCGGAACCAGCACCCAUCAAGCAGAUAGCUGUCGUACCUAAAGUGUACAAACCUGUCCUUAAAGUGCCUUAUAAGCCAGUAAGUUAUGCAUAUGCUGCUCCACCUUACGUGCCUCCUAAAGUUAUUUAUAAAACAUCACCUUUAGCCGUCAAACCAAUUUAUCCUGCUGCUGUACCUGUUUUAAAAAGUUAUUACUGAUUAUUAUUUUUCAAAAAUCUUUUGGAAGUAAUUUACUUUUAUCGCUAUAAAU